AUGGAGUUACUACCCCAAGGUCAAAAGAACACCGCCACCGAGGUCUCGUGGGAGGACCAGCAACGUAUAAACAAGUUUUCGUCGCUCAUAAAUAAAAAAGAUGAUUUACAAGACACAUUGAAAAAUUACACCGUCGAGAAGGAAUAUCUUGAUGAUCUCGGAUUGGAAAUUGAAAUGCUUGACGAAGAAGAAAAGAUCCAAUACAAAAUUGGCGAAGCAUUUUUCUUUCUCUCUGCAGACCAAGCAACCCUCAAAAUCGAGAAGCAAGACGAAGAAUUGGCAAGCAAAAUAUCCAAGACUGAAGAAACCAUUGACGAGAUCGAUGAACAAUUGGCGUCGUUAAAAAAGCAACUCUACGCCAAAUUUGGGUCCAAUAUCAAUUUGGAGCGAUAA